GAACUGAGAACCGGAACUGAGAACCGGAACUGAGAACCGGAACUGAGAACCGGAACUGAGAACCGGAACCGGAACUCUGCAGGACUGAGCAGAGAACCGGAACUGAGGGGUUUUACAAUGGAUGCUAUGGGCUUAAAACACCUAUGGGCUUAAAACCCCUAUGACAGGAAUGUUUCGCCAUGACAACCAGCCAUGCUGAGGAUUUCUCUACAGUGGACAAUCCCACCGCAACCACCGAUUCCAGUGGUCGGAAGCUUCGGAAGGACCAGUAAGCAGUUGCUGAGAAAGCCUCUACAGGGGACGUUACCGCCGCAACCACGGAUUCCAGCUACGAAAGGACCAGCAACUUUUGGUGAUCUCUCUUGUUGCUGCAACCACGGGUUCCAGCUUGGAAGGACUAGCAGUAACCAGUUGCUGAUCUCUCUUUUUGCUGUAGCUUGCAUGCUAAAUAUCAGCUGCACUAGCACCGCUGAUAUGAGCGGUGGUGUGAUCUGACACCUAGUUUGACGGUACUUUCACAGUGAAUGACCUCUCCCUCACUUGCAAGCGAGGGAGCCCACUUCUUGUGAGUUCCUUCCCUGUUCAUGUAAUCUCAUUUA